AUGGCGUCUGCCGACUUUUCCAAGAUUGGCUUUGUCGGUCUCGGCGCCAUGGGCAAGCCGAUGGUCGAGCGGCUCGUGGCCAAGUUGCCUCACGACGCGAAAAUCCACGUCUACGAUGCGAUCUGUACCCCCAUGGAGGACCUGGGAGCGAAGUAUCCUGACAAGGUCAUUCUCUGUGAUUCGCCCAAGGAUGUCACUGUGGCUUCUAAUUUCAUCAUCACCAUGGUCCCAGAGGGCAAACACAUCCGGGCCGUGUACUUUGACGAGAUCGGAAUCAUCCGUGCCGGCGAUCUGAGCAACAAGAUCUUCAUCGAUUGCUCGACCAUUGACCUCGAGACUAGUGCUCUGGUCCAGUACUACGUGACGCAGAGCCACCCCACCGCAUUGUUCUACGAUGCCCCCGUUAGCGGCGGAGCCCAGAGCGCCGAGCAAGGCACCGUCGCGUUCUACAUCGGCUGCCCCGAGAAUGAUCCCAGACUGGGUCUCAUCACCGAACUGCUCAGUCUCAUGGGCUCAAGCGUCACUCCCUGCGGAAUGCCCCAGGGUGGUCUGACCGCCAAGAUCUGCAACAAUUAUCUCUCCGGACUGAUUGCCAUCGGCAGUUCCGAGGCCCUGAACAUGGGUAUUCGCGCCGGCUUGGACCCUCGUGUCUUGUCCCGUGUGUUUGCGGCCGGCGCGGCUCAGAACGCCGUCUGCGAUCGCUUCAACCCCUGCCCGGGCGUGGUGCCGGAUGCCCCGUCUAGCAAGGAUUACGAGGGCGGGUUCAAGGUUCAGCUGAUGAAGAAGGACUUUGCGCUUGCUGUCGAUCUGGCGGAGAGUGUGGACGCCGCUCUGGCCGUCGGAUAUCAGGCGCUGGAGGUUUAUCAGGCUGCCGCCAGAGAUCCCGAUUGUAUGGACCGUGACUCCCGCGUCGUGUUUCGCUUCCUUGGUGGCGAUGAGCGUUGGGCGGAGAGAUUUCCCAAAGAUGAGGCCUGA